AUGAACGGACUACAGGCCAUCCCCCAAGCCGCGGCCAUGACCCGUCCCCAGGUCGGCAUUGAGCGGCUGCCGACGAGACGGAUGAGCAACGAGCCAAGAGAGUCCAUGAACUGUAAAUCUUGUCGCAAGCGCAAGAUCAAGUGUAAUCGUCUUCGACCGGCCUGUGAAGCUUGCCAAGUCUUCCAAUGCCCAUGCAUUUACGACGCGGUGCCAAAAAAGCGAGGCCCCAAGACGGAUGUUCUUGAGGCAUUGUUGAAGAGGGUUGACGGACUCGAGGCAAAGUUAAAGGAGAAGAAUGCAGGAGAGAAGACGCCCACAGAACCGGCAGCCCCUGGACCUCUAGACGAGGAGGCCUCUUCGUCAUCGGCAGCUGAGGUUUCUGACGAGGUGGAACCUAAGCCGAAACGACUCGCCAUUGACACAAUGAGGCAGAGCGACGCGGAUGAGUCCGCCGUGUAUUCGCCAGCUCCCGCAGGCGAACCUUCUCCUCCAACCGUUCAGCCUGAUACUCUACUGGACACCUACUUUGCCCGUUUCCACGCCAAACCGUUCCACAUACUUGACGAAUCUUCAGUGCGGCAACGCCUGCAAUUGAGUCAGUUGCCAGGCUAUCUGGUACAAGGAAUAUGUGCUGUCGCAGCAAGAUACACGCCUCAUCCAGGCGGCUACCAAGCAGCUGUCAAGUUGAGCGAAGAUUAUGCGGCACGUUCAAGGAUAGAACUGGAUACUGAUGAGCCUUCCGUCGACGCACUGCAAGCGUUGCUGCUGUUGGUCAUUGCGUUCACUGCGGCAGGCAAGGGGAAAAAGGCCUACAUGCUGAUGACCUGUGGUUCGAAGCGACCGUCACUGAUUGGAGACAAGACCAUCAUUCUACGUCUCCCUUGUUGGUCGCCAAACCCAUCGGCACUCCCCAUCGACGGCGAGUUCUUCCAAGCCGCGUCCAACCUCCAAUACCUCCAAGGCAGUGGGAAGAAGACGCAAGGAAGCACUGGCAUGUUGAUCGAUAUCAGCCGUAUCCUGGGCAUCACCAACAGGUACCUCGCUGCUGGUGGCGUUAAAGGCGAUUCGCACUUCCCAUGGCAUUCACUUUCCAACCUUUCCAAAAUUCGACAAGACCUCGACAUCUGGGCAUCCGGCACCGAGGACGUGUUUUCCAGCCUGGACACCUUGUUCGGUCAACUGGACUCGACAAUUCUGGUGUUGAGCAAAUUAAUCUACCAUCUCAUCCACUGUCUGAUAUACAGGCCGUUCCUUCCGAUCGAUCUUUCUGAGCUUUCAGGGACUGGUCAACAUCAGUCAUGGCAAAUCGAGGCCACGAACAUGUGCUUUCUGCAUGCGAACGCCAUCUCAGAACUCGUAGAGCUUGGCAAGCAGACGGGUAGCAUCGAAUGGCCAGCCUUCGUCGGCUAUUGCAUCUGCACCGCCGGAACCGUACACAUCCACGGUGCACACUACAACAAGGCUGGAAGCGGAGAAAUGAACGUUUUCAGCUCGUCCUCGGAGUUUUUGUCACGCGAAAUGCAGCAGCUCAGCGAACUCAGAUAUGUUUGGGUGAGCGUGCAGCAUCAACGCGAAACGCUGCAGGGUAUCUAUAAUGCCCAUUCUGAGCUUAUCAAAAGCUUAGCCAACAACCCUAUGAGGUACUCGCCUGCAUUUCACCUAGAGGACUUUUUUGAUCGGUACGCCAACAUUGGCGGGCCGGGAGGCCAGUCAUUCAACUUUGAUGCCGCCAAUCUGAGUCUGGCAGACGCUGUUGUCGACUUCACGGCAGACUCUUAUGUAGGGCACGACCUGUAUGCGCCACGCACUGCCAGCAGCAACGACGGCGAGCGACCAAACCUAAAGCGCAAAAGCACGUCGUCCUCUAGCCGCAAACGCCCGGACAUGGCUGUUGUGGCGUCUCUCAGCGCAACAACGGUCUCCAUGCUCAUCACGAGAUGGCAGACCACCAUCAGCAGAUGCCACCAUGAACGGCCAUUUAGCUUUAACACUCCCGGAGCGACUGCGGGCGGUGACGGGUCUGGUUCUUAUGACCCAAUGUUCGGAGGUCUACCGACCAAUGCCUUUAGCAGUCCUGCCGCUUGGCAGGGCGCCGACGAUGGAAGCGGCAACAAGCUUCCGGUUGCGCCUCCGCAAGGGCCGACAUCAGCAGGCCACGCAGCGGCCCCCAGCCCCGGGGCAAAGAGCACCAACGGCAGUACAGGCACUGGGCCUGGUGAGGAGAAGGACCCGUUCCUGAGUCUUCUGGAGCAGCUCGCAGAGAACGAGCAACAAUUCGCAAGAGGUCCUGGGAACGAGUUUGACUUUUUCUUCGGUGGUGGCGUUGGCGCCAACCAGUAA